AUGCCCUUCUUGUUCCCGGCGCCGAGGAUCUCGGGCCUACCACACGGGCAGCCGGCGGCUGGAUGGAACGGCAGCCUCGGGGCCACCCUCGACCUCCUCACCAAUAACAUCUUGGGAGACCCCUCCUACGACACAAUGGGCCGAAAAAACCUGCGGCAAAGCCAACCGGCAGCCAGAGAGGGUCAAGAUAUCGGCAAAUGCUCAGCUCGGCACCGCGCGCAAAAGAAAUGGCGCACCCGUGGCCUGCAUCCCAACCUGCUCUCAUGGAAGAAAAUACGCCAGAACUGGGGUCCCUGUUGUCAGGGGACUGAGAAGCCCAUCCACAAAGGGAGACAUAUACAAUUUAUUCCUCUAUAUGCAGAGGAUCUUCACGGCCAUCACAGCAGUGAAGAUGGAG